GUAAAAUGCAGAAAUGCAGGAAAUUGGUUAAUAUAUUAAUUGAAUCUGGUUCAGCAGCGUUUUCAUCCUCUAAUGUUUGGCUAUAUUCCCUUUUAAAAUAAAUGAUUAACUAGACUCUGUCUCUCAGAUUAAUUAACUCCUCUGACUAAAUAAUAAUAUGUUGGUUAGAUAAAAAGCACAUCCUAACUCACUGUUUUUGUGCAAAUAUCAUGCUCAUGAAAUGUAUUACGUCGUAGUGGUUAUUAUUGUUUUUAAAAAUACAGAAAAUGGUUUGUCAUGUAAUGUAACUUGUUAAAAAAGAACAGAGACUGGGAUCCUAUUAUCAGACGGGCAAUUUUUCCUCCGUCAACGCCGGCCUAUUAGAGGAGCGCACCGGGCAGCCAAUCACAGGCCCUCCCUGCUCGGCUCCACUAAUCGCGGAUUAGCUACAAACGACUGCAGUCUGCAGCUCAGGGAGGGAGAGGUAGUCGCUGCCGCUCACUACUCACUCUCCGGUUUAUUAUUAGCUCGCUUGGAUCCGGCAGCAGAGCUUCUUUCUUCUUUUUUUUGUCUUUCUCAGCAGCAGCAGCGACUUUAGCAUUGCGCCGCCGAGCAGCUGCACGUUACCGGGAUCUCAGGUAAAGGUGUGUGGGGGCGACACGGCAGAGACGAGCGGCUGUUGGCUUUUUUUCGGCUCGAUGGAAGCCGCUACUGCAGGUCAGGUACGACUCAAUUGAUGGGCCUUUUUUAAUUUUUUAUUUAAAUUGAAGCCACGCCGUCGUUCACACAGAAGCACUGCUCUGCUCUCGCGCCCCCUUCCCCACCACCCCGAUGUUCAAGACGGCCAAUUACCCGACGGUGGACCCCGCGCCCACCAUCAUGCACGGCACUUGGUUUGCCACGGGGUGCCGAGCAACGCCCGUGGCGGUGGAGAAGCCGAAGAAGAAGAAGGCGGCGUUCAGCCUGGUCAAAAUCAUGUCCCUCGGCAACAAGAAAGGACACGGCCAGCAUCCGCAAAGCCACAACUACCACAACACCUACCACCACCAGCAGCAGCAGCACCACCACCACCAGCACCACAACAACAACAUGCCCUUCGCCAUCCACUGCCACAUCGGGAAGGAGAUCAAGCACAUUUGCAGCAAUUGCAGUCGCGGGAACGACACGCAGGACGCUGAGGAAGUAGAGAGGCUGGCCGCCAUGCGUUCAGAGUCUUUGCUCUCCGGCACCCACACUCCGCCCAUCCGUCGCCGGAGCAAAUUUGCCACUCUGGGACGCCUCCUUAAGCCCUGGAAAUGGAGGAAGAAGAAGAGUGAGAAGUUCAAGCAGACAUCAGCUGCUCUGGAAAGGAAGAUGUCAAUGCGACAGAGCAGAGAUGAGUUGAUCAAGAGAGGAGUGCUGAAAGAGAUCUUUGAAAAAGCCACCGUUGAGUUCGGCUCCUCGAUGGACGGCAGAGUGUGCACUAAGGAGUCCUCUAUGAAGUCGUCUAUGGUCCUGCCCACCAAGAAAUCUGUCACCUACUCUGGAGACCUUCAGGAUAACCCCGUCAAGUACCACAAACAGCCUCCCGCUCUCCCUCCCAAGCCUUUCUCUAGGAUCCCGAACCACAGCACAGAUUCUUGCAAGCCAAUGAAGUUGCCCUGUAUGCCCGGGGGAAAGCACUCUCCGCCCCUUCCUCCCAAAAAAGUGAUGAUUUGUGUGCCUACAGGGGGAAUGGACUCCUCUGGCUCCCCGUCUCCGUCCCCCAACCCCCUCUGCGCUCUCUCCCAAAAGUGCGGCCCUCCCCAGGGCAUGUCCCUCCACCAUGGCACCCUGCUGCCCUCCCAGCUCGCCGCGCUCUCCGGCCUCCACCAGAGCCACGGCCACCCGCUCCAGCUCCAGUACGGCAGCUUGCACAUGCCGAGCCGCAUCAUCGAGGAGCUCAAUAAAACCCUGGCGCUCUCCAUGCAGAGGUUUGAAAGCUCGGCGUUGCACGGCAUUGGUCAGUGUCUUCCCCUGGACAGGAGAGAAGUGCCGUCCGUGAUCAUCGACUACGAGGACGACAAGGAGAACAUGCCCAACGAGUGCGACUACGAGGAUCUGCCCAGCAUGUACAAGGACGAGGACGACGACGUGGAUGACGACGAGGACGACGAUGACGAAGACGACGACGCCAUAUUUACAAGUACCCUGGCUCAGAAGGUGCUGAGGAAAGACUCUCUGGCCAUCAAGCUGAGUAACCGUCCAUCCAAAAGGGAGCUGGAGGAGAAAAACAUCCUGCCCGUGCAGACCGAUGAGGAGCGACUGGAGUCCAGGCAGCAGAUCGGCACCAAACUCACGAGGCGCUUGAGUCAGAGGCCGACGGCGGAGGAGCUGGAGCAGAGGAACAUCCUCAAACCUCGCAACGAGCUAGAGGAAAUAGAGGAGAAGAGGGAGAUAAAACGAAGGCUAUCACGAAAGCUGAGCCAGAGGCCCACUGUAGAGGAGCUGAGAAUGGCCAAGAUUCUCAUCCGAUUCAGUGACUACGUGGAGGUGUCGGACGCCCAGGACUACGACAGGCGGGCAGAUAAACCCUGGACCCGGCUCACAGCAGCUGACAAGGCAGCUAUACGCAAGGAACUCAACGAUUUCAAGAGCCACGAGAUGGAAGUGCACGAGUCAAGUCGCCAUUUAACCAGGUUUCACAGACCAUAGUAGACCACCACUGUCUCGAGCAGUGCCGGACCGGCGCUCUCCUCCACUGAGAACCUUAAGUGCUGGAUGGUAAAAUGGUGCCCGUUUCUACAAUAAGGCCAUGUCUUCUGAAAUGCCUUUUUCAAGACCCACGCGACUGAGUCGGUACCAGGCUUUACAGGACGCAAACACCCACCAAUCCAUCCACCAUAGUAGCACACAAAUGACUCUGGCCGAUUCACACGCCGCCCCUCCAUGGAAUUAGCUCCGACCCCCGUCUUCUCAGCCUCUCCGCUGAGCUCUCAGGCUGGCGCUCAGACAGCGGGGAGGGUCUUUAUGUUCUCAAUCGAACGAGGGCGACCGUACCUCGGCUCAUCGACGACACCGGUGGACUCGUCUCAGUGGACGUGUUUUUAAUCCCCUCUCCUUUUAUUAUACUGUCAC